AUGAGCGUCAUAGCCACAGUGAAGGGAGUGACCAUUGCAGCCCCAGUCAAGGCAUCAGAGGCAGAAAUCCUGACUUUGGAAGCCCAACAAUUCGUUGCUACUUUGAACAGAGCAUUCAACCCGAGACGAAAGGAAUUGCUCGCUAGGAGGAAACUCGUCGAGUCAAAGAUUGAAGCUGGUCUCUUGCCUGACUUCUUACCUGAAACCAAGGCCAUCCGUGAAAACCCAACAUGGAAGGCUGCUCCACCUGCUCCUGGCUUGAUCGAUCGUCGUGUGGAAAUCACUGGUCCUGUCGACCGAAAGAUGGUCAUCAAUGCUUUGAACUCUGGUGCUAGUACUUAUAUGGCUGAUUUUGAAGACUCGAACGCCCCAACUUGGGAAAACAACUUGCAAGGCCAACUCAACUUGCGAGAUGCCGUCCGUAGAACAGUCACAUACGAAGCACCCAAUGGUAAAUACUAUAAACUCCGUCCUGAUGGUAAACUAGCUACUCUAUUGGUCCGUCCCCGCGGUUGGCACUUGGAAGAAAAGCACUUCCUUGUCGACGGAGAGCCAUGCUCUGCAUCCAUCUUUGAUUUCGCCCUCUACUUUUUCCAUAAUGCCAAAGAAUCAGUCAAACAAGGAUUUGGUCCAUACUUUUACUUGCCCAAAAUGGAAUCGCACUUGGAAGCUCGUCUCUGGAAUGAUAUCUUCAACAUGGCUCAGGACAUGCUGGCUGUCCCUAGGGGUACCAUUAGAGGAACAGUAUUGAUUGAAACCAUCUUGGCGGCCUUUGAAAUGGACGAAAUCAUAUACGAACUCCGAGACCACUCAUCUGGCCUGAACUGUGGACGAUGGGAUUACAUAUUCAGCUUUAUAAAGAAAUUCCGUACAAAGCCCGAAUUCGUAUUGCCCGACCGUAGUGAAAUCACCAUGACUGUACCAUUCAUGGACUCGUAUGUACGUCUCCUCAUCAAAACCUGUCAUGCACGAGGUGUACACGCUAUGGGAGGCAUGGCUGCCCAAAUCCCAAUCAAGGACGAUCCAGCUGCCAAUGAAGCCGCCUUGACCAAAGUCCGUGCCGACAAGCUCCGUGAAGUAUCUGCAGGCCACGAUGGCACAUGGGUCGCACAUCCAGAUCUCGUAAAAAUCGCCAUGGACAUCUUCAACAAGCACAUGCCAACCCCAAACCAGCUCCACAUCCGUCGUGAAGACGUCCGUGUCUCGGGAUCCGACUUGAUCUCAACCGCAGGGCUCAAAGGUGGCGUCACCGAAAAGGGAUUACGCUCCAACUUGUCUGUCGGUGUCCAAUAUAUGGAAUCUUGGCUCCGAGGUGUGGGAUGUGUACCCAUUCAUAAUCUCAUGGAGGAUGCUGCAACUGCUGAAAUCUCACGAUCGCAAUUGUGGCAGUGGGUUCGUCAUAAUGUAAAGACGAACGAGGGUAAAGCUAUCAAUCCACAGUAUAUUGUUGCCUUGCUGGAUGAGGAGUUGGCUGCGCUUCGUAAACAGGUUGGAGAGAAGGCUUACAGUGCUGGCAAAUGGGAUUUGGCGAGGAAGCUGUUUUUGAGUACCGUGCAAGGGGGCGAUUAUUCGGAUUUCUUGACUUCUCUGUGCUAUGACUCUAUCGUCACUUCUCCAAAGGGAUCCUUGACUGGUGCUCGUCUAUAA